UUCCGCGAUCUUACGUGAUAGUUGGUCAACGACAGUCGCCAGCCCAUCGGAUCGGAGCUCCCGGAUUUUUUCUCAUGACUCGAAAAUGACUGUGGAUUUCUGUGACUACUUCUGGGGCGACAAGAACAAUGGCUUCGACGUGCUGUACCACAACAUGAAAUAUGGCUACGUCGCGGCCAAGGAGCUGGCGGAAUUUUUCCGCGAGAGGUCGCUGGUGGAGGAGACCCACUCGAAGCUGCUGUCGAAGCUUGCCCGCCAGGCCUCGAGUGCCUGCACCCUGGGCACCUUUGGUCCCCUGUGGAUUGUGCUCAGGGUCACCUCGGAGAAGCUGUCUUCCCUGCACGCACAGAUGGUGGCACAGCUGCAGGACCUCGUCAAGGAGGUGCAGCGCUACUGCGAGGAACAGCACAAACGGCACAAGCAGGUGAAGGAGGAGGAGUCGCCCACCCUGGAGGUGGUCACGGGGCUGCAGCACACCACGGGGGUCUUGGCCAAGGCGAGGGAGGCCUACGUGGCACGCUGCCUCGAGCUGGACAAGCUGCGCAAGGAAGCCUCCCCCAGGGACCUGGACAAGGCAGAGGCCAAGGCACGCAAGGCGUGCGAGGAGUACCGGCAGCUGGUGGAGCGCCACGGCACGGUGCGGGCGGACUUUGAGCGGCGCAUGGCGAGCUCCUGCGAGCGCUUCCAGGUGCUGGAGGAGGGCCACCUGCGCCACAUGAAGGAGUUCCUGACCGGCUACGCCCGGGUCCUCGACAGCAGUCACGCCCUCGUGGGGCAGGUGCACGCCGAGUUCCGCCAGCAGUGCGACGCCCUCGACGUAGAGGCCCUGCUGCGCCAGUUCGCCCAGGCGCGCCAGACGGGCUCCGAAAAGCCCGAGCCCGUGACCUUCGAAGAACCGGACCCCGGACUGCAGCUGACUCCGGCAGCGGGGUCUGCCGCCCCGGCUCCGUUCUUCUCCACCUCGACUCCGGUGACGGCGGGCAGUGGAGGCCCCGAGAACGGGCCCCCCGGCGCACCCCCUCCGCCGGUGCCUCUGCCGCCCCCAGAGGUGACCCCACCGCCCUGCAACGGGCCGCAGCCCUCGACCAAGAAAGAAGGUAAAGCAGGGGCUCGCGGGAAUUCCCGCCACCGCCACCGCGCCAUGUCCCUCCUGGACUUGUUUUUCUCGUCAACCGCCUCGACAAAAGGGGCACCUCCUCCUCAACCUCCUCAACCUCCGCCGCCGCCACCCCCGGGUGUGGGCGCCGCCGCUGCCGCCGGCGACGCCGAAAAUCACGGUGGCGCGGAAGCCACUGCAACGGCCACCGGCGCUGCGGCCCAACCCAAGAGAGAGUCGCUUGCCAGAAGCUCGCUGCGGUCCUCUAAAUGGUUUCUGCGCACAAAGUGGGAGCGCCAAAAGGAGAAACGCAAGCGCAAGAAGGAGUCACUCAGGGACACCGUGGGCAGCGGCGGCGAAGCGGUUCGAGGCGCUCCGGGCAGAGGCGUUGCGGCGACGCACCGGGCGUCCCCCUCGUGCGAGCGUAGGCUUUCGAUCGAACAGUCACGGGCCGCCGACCCCGACUCUUUGGGCGCCGCCCCUGCCCCGGCCCCCGUCCCCACGACGGCAAGGGACAGCAAGGAAGCCGGGGAACAGAGUGCCCAGGUGGACGACGAAGGCUACACGGUGCGUCCGUCCGCCGAGCAUCACAAGGAGAACGACAGAGACAGCUUUUACUCAAGCUCGGACGGAGAGUCAGACGAGGAGGAACGCAACCGGCGCAUCCACAUCGAGAUCAAACCGCUGAGCAACGGCGCCCCGAUGAGCGCCAGCGUGGACGAGCUGCGGGCCACCAUCGGAUCCUUGUCGCUGUCGCCCAUCCCACAGCAUUCGACGCGCCGGGCGUACAACAGCGCCACCUCGACGCCGGACGAGGCCCCUCGGCGACCGGCCAAUCAGGUCUCAAAAGAUAGCGGCGGUGGCAGCGGCACGGAUCCGGACAUGCUGGGGCUGUUCCCGUCCGACUCUAGUGCCUCGACUCCGACAACAGUGUUCCAGAGUCCGCCGUCCGGAGGCAGAGACUCCGUCGGACCCACUUCUUCUGGCAACGCCGCUUUCUGGGACCGCUACGCAGCGCUGAGCGAACUGUUCAGUGAAAAAGCAUCCGGUGACAUGUCGGGCCCGGAAGCUGGAAAGGCCGGCACGGCAGGGAGCCGAGGAGGAACGCCCACCAGCGCUUUCGGGGUCGGACCGGCGCUGCCAAGACCGCCUUCCCGACGCUCAGAAGCGGCGACGCGCGGGCGCGCCUCCCCGCUGCCCAUGAGCCGCACGGAGAGCGUGGGUAGCCUGAGCAGCAGCGACUUCAAGACGACCCCGGUGCCCUUCGGCUGCUCUCGGGGCCCAUCCCCGCUCACCAUUGGGGUGAGCGACUCGAUCCCGCUGGCGGUGGCCUUCCAGGAGGUGGUGCACGCCCGCUUCAAGGGGGCCGACGAGGCCCGCUGCCAGGUCAAGCUGCUGGGCGACAUGAAGGUCUCCUUCCCGGCGGGCAUCGUGCACGUGCUGGCCAACCACCCGGCCCCGGCCACCCUCGCCUUCAGGGUGCACACCGCCCGCUUCGACAACGUCCUGCCCAACAAGAACCUCAUCUCCCUGGACGCGAGCCAGUCGACGAGUGAGCGGUGCGUGUACGAAUUCAACAUGUCGCUCCUGACGGGGCUGCUGCGGCGGCAGCACGAGCAGACGCCCUCGGCGUCCUACUUCAACAUCGACAUCCUCAAGUACCACGUGCGGGCAGGGCCCGGGGCACGCUCGGCGCCCCUGCACCUGGUCGCCUACUGGAAGACCCAGGAAGACAACACGGACCUCAAGGUGGACUACGAGUACAACGGCAAGGCGCUGACCCCUCCGGGCGGCCAGCCGCCCCCGCUGACGGGGCUGUGCCUGGGCGUGCCCGUGGACGGGGGCGUGACAGGGGUCCAGGCCAAGCCCGCCUGCGUCUGGAACCCUGACACCCAGCGGGCCCUCUGGCGGCUGCCCGAGACUCUUGGGGGCGGGGCAGGGGGCCGGGGGGGCUCCCUGCUGGCCCGCUUUUCCACCAUGCGGGGGCCCUCCACCCCCAAGCCCCUGGAGGCGCGCUUCCUCUGCGAGGGGGCCACCCUGUCAAGCGCCGACUUCGAGCUCGUCGGCCCCGGCUACCGAGUCUCCCUAGUCAAGCGCCAGGUCAUGUCCGGCAAGUACCUUUGCGAGCCGUGACGGUGCCCGGCGAAAACAACACCCGGUGGAAAAGCUCCUGGUUCCGAUCGCUGGUUCGACCGGACCCCAGAGACAGACGUGCCCAGCAGCCGCCUCCGACGGAGGGCCCUCUGAGACUAAACCCGCGACUAACAGCAACGCCUUACCGCAAACUCCCCCGCGUCGGAGACCUCCGGAAGGAAUCCGACGCGUGCCCUUCGUUCGCUGUACAUAAGAGUUAUUUUUUAACGAGGUAUCCCCCCCCCCCCCCCGUCGCUAGUGGUCCUGUAUAUACACGCACCUUGGAAAAAAGAAAGACGGGGAAUAAACGCGCUUGUUGGACCACCUUACCUUUUUUUCUUUACCCGUUUUUGAAUGAAUGAGUCGUUUACGCCGCGAGGCCCUCUAACCUUUACAAAUAAAACCCAUUUGUUGUUGUUGUUGUUGUUAAUGACUGAAGGAAUGCUUGCUUUACGAGAGAUGAUGGGAAGAAGCGGCUCUCAACGAGAGGCAAUAAAAUUGCUCGCGAGAGAACGA